GCCAAUAGCGAUCACAACGUCAACCAAGGCAUUGAAACUUUUGCUGACAUCACCGUUUUUUAUUCCUAUAUUAGUUAAAUUAAAUUAAAAAAAAAAAUUUUGGUUCAAAAACCAUACCAAUUUCAGCAGUAUUUAAAGCCCUUCCCUACCCAUAACCUCCAAACACAGCUUAGAUAUAUAGUUCUCUGAAUCAACAAAAACUACCCUUCUAUUUUUUCUCUUUUGUAUUUUGCAUACAAAAACAGAGAAGGCGAAUUUCCCAUUAGCAAACAAAGAUGAUAGCUUGUUUGGGACGAAUCGUACACGACAACGACGCCGAGUCGAAACUCGACGACGAUGUUUCCAGUAUAUCUAAAUCUCUUGACCUCCAAGGCAGCAUCGAAAGCGGUUGUGUUACGGGCUUGGCUAGUAAAGAUUUCGGUGGUCUUUAUUCGGUUAAGCCCUUGGCUUUAAUAAAACCGUCUGGAGCCGAGGAUAUAGCUCGUGUCGUUAAGGCCGCGUCGAGGACUUCACAUCUGACGGUUGCGGCGAGGGGUAACGGCCACUCGAUCAACGGUCAGGCGAUGGCCGGUGGAGGGCUCGUGAUAGACAUGCGUUCCACGGAGGAAAACCAUUUCAAAUUCUUCAAAAUUAAUGGCUCUCCUUAUAUCGAUGUCUCCGGUGGGGCAUUAUGGGAAGACGUCUUGACACGGUGCGUUUCGCUGUUCGGUUUGGCUCCUCGGUCGUGGACCGAUUACUUGAGCUUAACGGUGGGUGGGACUUUAUCUAACGCUGGCGUUAGUGGACAGACCUUCCGUCAUGGUCCCCAAACGUCGAACGUGACCGAAUUGGAUGUUGUAACUGGAAAAGGAGAAAUAACGGUUUGCUCCGAAAGCCAAAACUCUGAACUCUUUUUUGGAGUUCUCGGUGGGCUUGGUCAGUUCGGUAUUAUUACCCGAGCAAGGAUUAAGCUACAGCCAGCUCCGGACAUGGUAAGAUGGAUAAGGGUAGUGUAUUCUGAGUUCGAGGAAUUCACUCGGGAUGCUGAGUUUCUGGUUACUCAGAAAGAAAGUGAGUCGUUUGAUUACGUAGAAGGGUUCGUCUUCUCCAACAGUGAUGACCCGAUUAAUGGCUGGCCAUCUGUGCCAUUGGACCCAGACCAUGAGUUCAACCCGGCUCACAUCCCUCAAACUGCCGGCUCCGUCCUGUACUGCCUCGAACUGGCUUUCCAUUACCGCAACAGUGACUAUCCUUCAACAGUAGAUACGACCGUAAGCAGACUUCUUAGACGGCUAGCAUUCGUGGGCCGGGUAAAAUUCCAGGCGGACGUCAGCUACGUGGAGUUCCUAUUGCGUGUGAAGCGAGCGGAGGAACAAGCGAAAGCCAAUUGCAUUUGGGACAGCCCUCACCCUUGGCUGAACCUCUUCGUGUCCAAAUCAGAUAUCGUUGAUUUUGAUCGGACGGUGUUUAAAAGAAUGGUGAAAAAUGGAGUCGGUGGGCCCAUGCUGAUCUACCCUCUUCUGCGAAGCAAAUGGGAUAAUCGCACGUCCGUGGCGCUACCGGAAGGGGAAAUCUUCUACAUCGUGGCGUUGCUCCGGUUCGUUCCCAAGGGCCCAUCGGUUGAAAAAUUGGUUGCACAAAACCAUGAGAUUGUUAAUUGGUGCAUCAAAGAGGGUUUGGAUUUCAAGCUGUAUCUCCCUCACUACCAGUCAAAAGAGGAUUGGAAAAGACAUUUUGGGAAUCAAUGGACUAGAUUUGUGGAGAGGAAGGCCUGUUUUGAUCCUAUGGCCAUCCUUGCACCUGGACAAAAAAUUUUUAAAAGGACCCAUCAAUCAUAAUUAGUUGGCAAUUGUAAUUUUAAUUUGUUAAUUUCCCUUAUCCAAAUUUAUCAUCUUUAAUGUUUCCCCAUUAAUUGGUGGGUCAGGUCCAUUUUGCAAUUGUUUCACAAUCAAUGUUGGAUUAUCAGUGUACAGGAAAUAAUUCUUGAUCAAAUAACUUGAACCUUUUUAUUUU